AUGCUCAGGAAAAAGCCACGUUGACGAUCGAGAGCGAAGAGUAGAAGGUCAGUUUGGGGCAAAACAAAGCUGGAAUUAGUUUUCCGGACGGCUCGGUUCGUGUUGGCAGCAGAUUGUGGGUCGGAGCCGGCGGCAUGUCGUCCCCACCGAAGGAGAAAACUGAAACCAAAGGCGGACAUCUCCCAGCAGUAAAGGCAGGAGGUAUGAGGAUAGUGCAGAAACACCAAGCACCACCUGCUCCUGAACCGCUGCAGAAAGAGGAGGAGGAAGAGUACGUCAGCACCAGCCCACCGAAGGUCCCUGUGAUUGUUUCCGGAGUGGUCACAAAGGGCGAUAAGGACUUCACGCCUGCAGCAGCUCAGGUGGCCCACCAGAAGCCUCAGCCCAGUAUCCCAAAGCUUCCCCCCACCCAGCACAUCAACCAACACAUCCACCAGCCCCGCAAGUGAGCCAGGUGGACCGCUCCGACCGUUACACCUAACUCCACCCUGCCUUCCCAACGGAACACAAAACAUGAAGAUGGUUCCCAACCAGGGCCCAGAUCUCUUGCUAUAUAAUACCAGUAAUUUUUGUUCGCUUUUUGCUUUAUAUAAUUGAAAAAAAAUGGUGUUUGCAACAGAUGUUCAAAUGUUUAUAGAAGUCUUUCUGCUUAUAUACAGUACACCCUGCUGCAAUACUGGUUUUGCACUUUGAUGAUGUCUCCUUUAUGAAAGCCUGUUUGGUAGUUUUACAUUGAUCUUAAAGCCUUCUCGCAGCAGAAAAGCCGAUCACGCAGCUAACUUCUGUUUUUCACCAGGGAGCUCUUACCUCAAUUAGCUAAUCAUAGCAACUUCUCUAACAUGCCAACAAAACCAUUCACCUCACAGCGAUGAGCAGCGGCUCCAGCCUUUCUUAUUCACUAACUCUUCAACAGAUCGUGAGGUUUUCACCGGUCAGCAGCUGUACGGGCCAAACGGUGCACAGCGAGUGCUUUUGAAGGGCAAGAAUCAGUUUACCAUACAUUAUGAGCCUGUGUAAAUUACGCACGCUAAUUAUGGCAACAGACAGUAUUAAUCAAUCAGUGCAUCUGCAGAGGUGACAUCAGCAUUCCAUUUGUUCUUGUCUGCCUUUUUAACGCAUGAAAAUCUCCCAAAGCUGCUCUGUAAUGUAAAUAUAUUCAGAUCAACAACAUUUUUAAUACCAUUGAUGUUCUAGGAAUGAUUGCUCCCUGUUUUCAGAUUAUUCUAGCUUCAUAAAUCUUUUUUUAAGUUCUUUCACAAUUUCAGCUACUGCUCCGGACGCUGCCUUUUAUUUAAGAAAGUUUUACCAUCUGAUGCCUGAGUUGUAAAAACAACUCCCCAGUCUUGGCAGUGUGAGCUAAUUUAUAUGCAAACUCAAUCUGUCUCGCCGUUCAGUCUCAUUGCUUUAAUACUAAGAUUUGUUGGCUUGUUUGCCCCCUGUGCAUUUUAAAUUUUAUCUGCUGCACAAUGAAAAUGUUGCCAAAAGAUAUAAUGAAACCGGAAAAAGAAAAGGCAAAAAAAAUAAAUAGAAUAAAAAAAAUCUAGGAAAGUUAGUUUGAACAUCAUCGGAGCAGCGAAAAGGGAUUAACUGUCAAAUGAAGGUAAACAUAUUGAAAUAUUAAUAUGUGCACUACAUUCCAAAUCAGAGUGUUUGAAUAAUGGUAUCAKGGUGUGCAAAGAGAUGUGUUUUUACUAACAAACAUGAAUUGUCACAUAUCACAAACCUGUCUGGGACCCUGAAAUCCAGAUUUUCAAUUCCCAAAUCAGCAUAAACAUACAGUCCAUUUCCCAAAACAUCCUUCUCUUUACAGAACAAUAAAAACAUGUCAGUUGUUGCAACACUAAUCUUAAAKUUACCAGUAGAGAAGGAAAGAGAAAUAAAUAUUUCUGCUGGUUCCAUUAAUUAAGUCAAACGGGUUUCUUUGUUUUUUUUUUUUUUGUGAAUCAUACAAAAUGUACAAAUCUGUAGUCAAAGUGAACUUGGGUAUUAGGUGUGGUUGUCGAUAUAAAUAAAGAUGGAGAUUACCUCAAAA